AUGUGUAAAAAAAACUUGGUCUCUAUUUUGGUUGGAUUUAUUAUAUUUAUUCGUGUUUACUUGAUUGACAGUGAUGAAAACUUCAAGUAUCAAUCUUUUCCGCCGAAGAACAAUGUGAACAUUACAAGUGAAGAUGUAAGUGAGAGGACAUUAAUUGCACGUCUUGAAGAAGAGAACGGUGGAAUGUUACGUGAGAUGGAAAUGCUAAAGCAACAACAGGUUACUGUAGUUUCAUAA